AUGGGUGAACGAAAAGGUGAGCCCCCGCCGAAGUGUUUCUGAUCUCUCGGGGCUUUGCCCACUUGCUCAUCUGCUGACCUCGCGCCAUGAUCUCUCUCUCUCUCUCUCCGCGCUUGGCUCGCAGUGCUCAACAAGUAUUUUCCGCCCGAGUUCGAUCCUUCCAAGAUCCCUCGUCGUCGUCAAGCAGCGGACAGGCAACAAGAAGUGCGUCUCAUGGCUCCCUUUUCCAUGCGAUGCAACACGUGCGGCGAGUACGUGUACAAGGGCAAGAAGUUCAAUGCGAGAAAGGAAAUGGUGAUGGGAGAGACGUAUUACGGCAUCAAGAUUUUCAGAUUCUACAUCAAGUGUCCCACUUGCUCGGCAGAGAUUACCUUUAGGACGGAUCCGCAGAAUACGGAUUACAAGGCGGAACAUGGAGCGAGUAGGAAUUUCGAACCUUGGAGAGAUGCGCAGGCGGCAGAGAAUGAUCCGGAUAGGGAUCCCUUGGCUCAUCUGAUCGAGGAGGAGGACAAGGAUGAAGAAGCGGAUACGAUGGCUGCGUUGGAACAACGCACGCUGGAUUCCAAGAGGGAAAUGGAGAUUGCGGAUGCGCUGCAGGACAUCCGAACGAGAAAUGCCAGGUUGGACAGGGUGAAUGCGGAUAGCGUGCUAGAUUCUUUGAAAGGCAAACAGAGAGCUAUGGAUCCGGAGGCAGAGGAGCGAAAGAGGGCAGAAGAGGAGGAUGAGCUUUUGGUCAGAAAGUAUUUCAGCAGGGAUUUGGCGGCUGCUGCAGAGUCGGUAGCGAAGGAGGAGCAGGCGAUGACCAGCGGCUCGAAUGGCAAUGCAGGUACCGCCUCUGAAGAACUGCCUCGUGCAUCUUCCACGCAAAGCGCAGCCAAGGUCGUCAAGCGCGCACAUCCAGAUGAGCAAGGCGAAGAUGCGGAGCCGGACUACAAGAGCUUGCUAUCCAAGGAACUUCAAGCCCAACUUCAAAACUUCAACAACGUCAUGCUGGGCAGCAAGGCGGCCAGCUCGUCGGGUGGAAGUGGCGUCAACGGCAAAAUGACAAAUGGGCUAAGCGCUUCAGCUCCACCAAAUAAACGCAAAAAGAACACUUCGGCCUUUGGCAUCGUUCGCAAGAAGACGUAG